GCUUCCUGGGCGUAGGCAUGAAGGGUGACGACGUCGCGAGGAGCGAGUGGGAGACGCGUUUUCGGUCACUUUUUUCGACAGACGCGGCUAUCAUUGCUGUUCAAAUUCUUCCUGGGAAAACAUAUAUGACAUUUGAUUCCAUCAAAACAGCAGAAAAGGUCAGGCAGGAGUGGCAGGGUCGAGUGCUUCCACGUCGACUUUCCCGUCAUCCAGUCACAGUCCUGUUCGGGCGAGCGUAUGAGGCCAAAAUUAAUCCCGAGCCUGAAAAUGUCAUUGUGGAUCCUCUCGCAGACACCCUAACUCCUGCUACAUGUCUUCCUAAAGGGCUACAGCUUUUCAUGUUUCUGAACGAAGCAGAGGAAUCAUCGCUACUAACCCUGCUUGACUCAAAGCAAUGGGACAAGUCUGGUGUAACUCGGCGGACGCAGCACUAUGGCGCGGCGGCUAUCGAUUUUCGAUCUAAAAGCCUUGACACAAGGCGACCUACCGUUCCAAUUCCCAUCCAAUGUCGAGACUUGCUGGCGCGUGCACGGCGACAGCAACAGGCGUGCGGCGUUGCCUGGCCGAGCGGGCCACUCGCCGAUACGGACGCUUCCUGCCUCGGCCGUGAUCAGAUGACUGUCAAUGAAUACCAACCAGGAGACGGCAUUGCGGCCCAUAUAGAUGCACAUUCCUUAUUCGAGGAUGGACUGCUGAUCAUGUCGUUGGGAAGUGCUUACGUCAUGGACUUCAGGGAACAAAGGCAUAACGAUCUUCAGGACGGGGAAGCGGGCCCCCGAUGCUCCUUGCUGCUUCCUCGGAGGUCUUUGCUUGUGCUGCAGGGGGAAGCUCGCUAUAAUUGGACCCAUGGACUAGCUAGUCGCAAGACAGACAAAGUGAAUGGCCGACUUGUCUCACGUGGGCGUAGGGUCUCGCUGAGCUUCCGGCGGUUGCGGAAUGGCAAUCCGCCCCUUUGCGAGUGUCUCUUCCCCGCCUCAUGCGACAAAAGGAUACCGGGAAAGUAGGUCAAUUGUAAACAAUCGGUAGUAUUCAAUUCUUUAAAAACGAAGCACGCUAUGUGAGCUCGCCUUUUCCCUUCAUUUUCAGCACCAACCACGUAUGUAGAGUGGAGGGCUUGGAAACCGUGAGAGACAGGAUCGCAGCAAACAUUGCGUACGGCGCUGCGACAAAUAAUGACAGGAGAGAAACAUUCGAAGUGUUCAUAACGUCCAUCUUGGUAGUCUCUCACUUGCUGCUGCUGCCCUUUCAGC